AAAGACACUUCCUUCCGUUUUCAAGCGAUAUAAAUGCACGAGAUUUUCAUGGAAGCCAUAUAAGAUCUUUACAAAGUCUACCAAAGAUUUUUAGAAGGUCAAAAGCUAUCGUCAGCUAACGAAGUCUCAAGGAAAAUCGUACAAGACUAUAGAUAAUGCGAUGCGUGGCCUGUUUUUGCAUCAGGAUAAUGGAACUGUUCCAUUUCAAAACGUUGUCAUCUCUUUGAUACUGUUCUUUGUAAUGUACCCGUUCGCGGCAUGCAAGUCGCCAUCCAGUUCCAGCGCCAAUACGACAGGCAGUGGUAACACGAGUCUCAACGCCCAGGGACGUCAGUUCUUGCGAAGGAUUAACGAAAUUAUAAAUCUCAAGGAAAGAGCGAACGUCUUGAAGCAGUGCAACACAACCAAGGACAAAGUUCUCGCGGAAAUCAUGAAAAGAUACAAGAAAAUCUUAAAGAACAUGUCCAACAAAGGAGUAAAGAAGUUUCGUAUUAAGGAUUUCGUGAGGGAACAGAAAAUCACCGGAAGCUUUGCAAUAACUUCCACAAACCGACGAACGCGACAAAUUUCGUUUAAAAACGGACAAUUUUUACACAUGGAUAAUGCUGGUGUUGUCAAGGGUAGUCCUGUGACGGCUGGGAAUAAAAAUAACACCAUAUUCUAUGUGAAGCCGACGGGGCCGCAAGUUGUUAUGCUUCAGUCAUCUCACACGAAGAAAUACGUUGCAAUGGACAAACAUGGCCAUAUUCAUGCCAAAACAAAUCCAGAUCAUGAUGCACUCUUUUACUCUCGAUCAGAGGAAAAUCUUUUCCUAACACUGGCAUCAUAUAAAUAUUAUCUAUUAUGUCCGUACGAUAUGUUUCUUGCUGUACGGAACACUGGUGCUAUAAAGUCGCCACAUCAGAGUGUACCAGGACAGAUUUCAACACAGAUUAUAUUUGUACCAGUUCCAUAAUAGUCGAUAGAGUGUAAAAUGUUUUAAAUGUAAACUUAAAAUGUGAAAAUGUUUGUUAUUCAUGAUCAAGCAGAUCAUAUACAAUUAAUUCAUAUCUCAAAAGAGUUAAAUGAAAUUGUCUAGCAUUAGGCAGAGAGACACUAAAAACAGGUGCAUCUGAGGAUAUAAUACAAGCUUAUUUUUAUUCAAAAGGCAUAAGAAAGAUAUCUACAUCAGAAAACCGCACGAGAUUUAAAAGCACGCACGCACACGGGGGGCGGAAAAAAUCUAUU